GCCACAACUUCCUCCCAAAACAAUAGACAUUCCUCUUCGUUUUAACUCCAAUUUUGACUCAAAGACCUCGUUUUCUCGAAAGGUUCGGUCAGUCUAUGCUGUCUCGAACCUUAUGCUUUGUUCAGAAUUGAUUGGGAAGAAGAAUCGAAUACCUCAAACCUUUUUUCGCAACACAUCAAUACGAAAUAAUAUCGGAAUCUGGUCUCCCCAGCUGGCUUCUGAACUUCAACAUCUCGAGUUUCUACACAACUGCCAGUAACCUUGAUACUCCAUCAAAAAGUCAACGAGGUUACUUCUCACGUUGCGUUCUUGUCUGCAGGUUUGCGAGCACCUUUUCACCAUCGGCAUCUCAAGUCACCGUGCCAGCUUGGCUCACCAAUACAACACAUCAACACUCUCUGGCAAGUACUCAGUGACGAAUUAGUCAACGCAGCAAUGACGAGCUUUCUUGCACGAGAGCUUCAGGGUCAAAAUGCGGCCCUGAACUUUCAACGUAUCCCUUCUACACGUCGCAUUUGCACCUAUGAGCAUCUCCAUUCGUUAUCUUCCGAGCUCUGCGGCGACCUCCUCACAGACGUAAAGGAGAUGGUAAAAGAAGCUGAAAAUCAUCAACGAUUCCAGGCCGAGCGUCUCGAAAAUGUCCUCCGACAGACUCAGCAAGCAGUAGACUUGAUGAGAAACCCUCGCAUGAAACCUAGCGCCAGUUACAACUACACAGAAGAUAUUAGAUUUCUCGAACAAUUCGGCGUGCAUUACAAGCAAGGUGUUGGUCUCAGCAGUGAUGCGCACCGCGACUACAUCAUCAAUGUUUCUUUUGUCUUGAAACGAGCAAUGCCCACGCUCAAUGAUGAAUACAAGAACAUCUGUCCGUGGUCUCUCAUUCUCAAGGUCAAUUUCACCGAUCUCUGCCCACAUUUACCAUUCUGCAAGCACAAGCAGAAGUAUACCACGUCUCAGGUUCCAGCGGAUCAUCCACGUCCUCCUGGAGGCGUUGCUGAUGGUGAUGUCAUGGGCUUUUGUCAAGAUGAGUAUGCUGUUCAGCCUGGAAAGAUGAAGCCUGAGGGAUGCAAGAUCAAAGUUUACUGUGGACUUCAACACAAGGAAGACUGCACCCAAAAGGCAAAUUGUGAUGCGAUCAUACUCUAUGCAGUAGCUUGUCUUCAUAGGGAUGGACUUUGGGAGUAGUGAGGAAUACUGGAUGGAACAAGUGGGGCUAUAAGCUUCAUUUUCCUACUUUACUUUGUGUAAUAGCGUCUUUUCAGUUGAAGGGCUUCCGUCUAGAUAUCUUGAAGGGUUGAAUUUUUAGUCUUUCUAAGAUCAAAUCAGGAACUUAUCCUCA